AUGCUGUGUCUUUACUCCCUGCUGCAGCGCGCCCCCCUGUCUUGUCUGCGUCAUCGCUCCCCGGCAGCAGCAGCAGCAGCAGCAGCAGCAGCAACAGCAGCAGCAGCAACAGCAGCAGCAGCAACCGGAAGAGCAGCAGCAGCAGCAGCAAGGAGACACCCCAAACGUUUUGCUGCUGCUGCUGCUGAAGCAUGGGAAGGGCUAGAUGAUCUGCUGAGGGAGCUGGAGGAGGAGGAGCAGCAGCCGCAGCAGCCGCAGCAGCAGCAGCAGCAACAGCAGCAGCAGCAGCAGCAGCAACAGGACGAACCCGAGAAGCAGCAAAGGGUUCGAGGGUCUGAGGAGGCUGCAGCAGAACAGCUCAGAGUGCGGCUGCUGCAGCAACCGGGAAAAUGCAGCGGCUGUGGGGCUGCCUUUCACGGGCGGACGCCGCAGGCCCCAGGGUACCUCCCCCCCCACCUGCUGCUGCAGGUGCAGCAGCAGCAGCAGAAGCAGCAGCAGCAGCAGCUGAAGCAGCAGCAGCAGAAGCAGCAGAAGCAGCAACAGCAGCAGCAGCCGCAGCAGCAACAGAAGCAAAAACAACGAGGAAGCUUCGCUGGCCUAUUUGCUGCAGCAGAGAUAGCAAAGCAGCAGAUGUCUUCAUCACCAGCAGCAGCAGCAGCAGCAGGAACAGCAGCAGGAACAGCAGCAGCAGCAGCAGCAGCAGCAGCAACUGCUGAUGAUUGUGAGGUGUCUGCUGAGGUGACGCAGCUAGCAGCAGAACUAGCAGCAGCAGCACCAGGCGUAAAUGCUUUUGCUGUUGAGAAGGCUCUCAUCUCUCUCGCUAUGUUUAAUGGUGCAGCAGAAGACCAGCAGCAGCAGCAGCAGCAGCAGCAGCAGCAGCAGCAGCAGCAGCGGGAGCUGCCGCGUCGUUUGUUGUCUGUUGAUGGCCCGGGGGCUGCUGCUGCGCAGCAGCAGCAGCAAAAUGAAAGUCAAGAUGCACCAGACGUCAUAUGCAUGCGCUGCAGCACCCUCAGAUUCGGGGCUAAGGGGCAGCCGGCUCACGCACAUAUCAUAGCAGCAAAACCAACAGCAGCAGCAGCUACUCCGGCAGCUGCCACAGGAUCAGCAGCAGCAGCAACAACAAAAACAACAACAGCAGCAACAGCACCAACAGCAGCAGCAGCAGCACCAACAGCAGCAGCAGCAGCAGCAACAGCAGCAGCAGCAGCAGCAGCAGGAGUUUUGUUGUGUGCUGCAGCAAAAGAAGCAGAAGAGAAACGCAUGCAGCGAGGGGCGGCCCUCGCAGACUCUCUCAAACACAAACGGUGCAUACUGGUGUUGGUGAUAGACGUGCUGACGCUGGAGAUACCUGAGGAGGCGUUGAGGUGUAUAUACACCCCAAACCCUCUCUUUGUUGCAGUAAAUAAAGUAGAUCUGCUGCCGCAGCAGCAGCAGCAUGUAAAGGGGAAAAGCCCCAGAGCAGCAGCGCAACAAGCCGUGCUGCAGCAGCUGCUGCGCUGCAGCAGCACCAGCAGCAGCAGCAGCAGCAGCAGCAGCAGCAGCAGCAAGGCGCGCAUGAAAGGGAAAAUGCCUGAAGGAGGCAAAGUUCAUCUGGAGCCGAAAACUGCGGCAAAAGCUCUAUAUGUAAUUGGCUCGCUCACAGCUACCAUAAUACACAUGUAUGCUGCUGCUGCUGCUGCUGCUGCUGCUGCUGCUGCUGGUGCUGCUGAUGGUGAUGGUGAUGAUGCUGAUGGUGAUGAUGAUGGUCCUGCUGCUGCUGAUGGUGGUGGUUGUGGUGCUGCUGCUGUUACUGCUGCCGAUGAUGAUGAUGAUGCAGCAGCAGCAACAGCAGCAGCAGCAGCAGCAGCAGCAGCAGCAGCAGCAGCAGCAGCAGCAGGGAAAGGGGGGUAUAACAGUGCUGCUGCUGCUGAUGGUGGUGGUGGUGGUGCUGCUGCUGCUGCUGAUGGUGAUGACGAUGCUGCUGUUGCUGUUGCUGUCGAUGCUGCUGAUGCUGCUGCUUGA